UUCUGCUUCCCCGGAGCCGAAAGAAGCAGGGAGCAGGAUUAGAGUCUGCCACCGGCUAUCAGAAGAGCCUAGAUAAAAGGAACUGCUUCUUAAGCACCACUGCGGUAGCCCUUGUUAAUUUUUUUUUUUUUUCCUUCCACACAACAGUUGUGCCUCAUUAUCCGGUGGCUGCUUCGAUUUUUUUUUUUUUUCCUAAGGGUUUUGAAGUUUCUGUGCUUCAGUGACUGUUACAGAAGAAGAGGUAUUAGUGUUGCGGUGAAGUCUUGAUUGUCUGCUUUUAUGAAUGAAACUGACCUAAAUCACCUGUUACCUCCAGUUUUCAGAUUGUUUGAACUUCUCUGGCCGCACAAUACAGGAGGGAAGACUGAAGCAGCAUAAGGACCUACAGCGUCUGCAGCAUGGGCUGGUUCACUAGGAUUGUCUGUCUUUUCUGGGGACUAUUACUUACAGCGAGAGCAAGCCAUCAAAAUGGGAAGAACAAUGUGCCAAGGCUGAAAUUAUCCUACAAAGAAAUGUUGGAAUCCAACAAUGUUAUCACUUUCAAUGGCUUGGCCAACAGCUCCAGUUAUCAUACCUUCCUUUUGGAUGAGGAACGGAGCAGGCUGUAUGUUGGAGCAAAGGAUCACAUAUUUUCAUUCAACCUGGUUAAUAUCAAGGAUUUUCAAAAGAUUGUGUGGCCAGUGUCUUACACCAGAAGGGAUGAAUGCAAGUGGGCUGGGAAAGAUAUUCUGAAAGAAUGUGCUAAUUUCAUCAAGGUGCUUAAGGCUUAUAAUCAGACCCACUUGUACGCCUGUGGAACUGGGGCUUUUCAUCCAAUUUGCACCUACAUUGAAAUUGGACAUCAUCCUGAGGACAACAUUUUUAAGCUGGAAGAUUCACAUUUUGAAAAUGGCCGUGGAAAGAGUCCAUAUGACCCUAAACUGCUAACAGCAUCUCUUUUAAUAGAUGGAGAAUUAUAUUCUGGAACGGCAGCUGAUUUUAUGGGGCGAGACUUUGCUAUCUUCCGAACUCUUGGACACCACCACCCAAUCAGGACGGAGCAGCAUGAUUCCAGGUGGCUCAAUGAUCCAAGGUUCAUUAGUGCCCACCUCAUUCCAGAGAGUGACAACCCUGAAGAUGACAAAGUAUAUUUUUUCUUCCGUGAAAAUGCGAUUGAUGGAGAACACACUGGAAAAGCCACUCAUGCUAGAAUAGGUCAAAUAUGCAAGAAUGACUUUGGGGGGCAUAGAAGUCUGGUGAAUAAAUGGACAACAUUCCUCAAAGCUCGUCUGAUUUGCUCAGUGCCAGGUCCAAAUGGCAUUGACACUCAUUUUGAUGAAUUGCAGGAUGUAUUCCUAAUGAAUUCUAAAGAUCCUAAAAAUCCAAUUGUAUAUGGAGUGUUUACAACUUCCAGUAACAUCUUCAAGGGGUCCGCCGUGUGUAUGUACAGCAUGAGUGACGUGAGAAGGGUGUUCCUCGGUCCAUAUGCUCAUAGAGAUGGUCCUAACUACCAGUGGGUGCCUUACCAAGGAAGAGUCCCCUACCCACGACCAGGAACGUGUCCCAGCAAAACAUUUGGUGGAUUUGACUCUACAAAAGACCUUCCCGACGAUGUUAUAACAUUUGCAAGAAGUCAUCCAGCCAUGUAUAAUCCAGUGUUCCCUAUAAAUAACCGCCCGAUAAUGAUCAAAACAGAUGUAAAUUAUCAGUUUACACAGAUUGUAGUGGACCGAGUGGACGCAGAGGAUGGCCAGUAUGAUGUCAUGUUUAUCGGAACAGAUGUUGGAACAGUUCUUAAAGUAGUUUCAAUUCCUAAGGAGACUUGGCACGAUUUAGAAGAAGUUCUGCUGGAAGAAAUGACAGUUUUUCGGGAACCAACUACUAUUUCAGCAAUGGAGCUUUCCACUAAGCAGCAACAACUAUACAUCGGCUCCAUGGCGGGGGUUGCCCAGCUCCCUUUACACAGAUGUGAUAUUUACGGGAAAGCCUGUGCUGAAUGCUGCCUGGCCCGAGACCCUUACUGUGCCUGGGAUGGCUCUUCAUGCUCGCGCUAUUUUCCUACUGCAAAAAGACGCACAAGACGACAAGACAUAAGAAAUGGAGACCCACUAACUCACUGUUCCGAUUUACAGCACCAUGGUAAUUACCAUGGCCAUAGCCUUGAAGAAAGAAUCAUCUAUGGAGUAGAAAAUAGUAGCACAUUCCUGGAAUGCAGCCCCAAAUCACAGAGAGCUCUGGUCUAUUGGCAAUUUCAGAGGCGAAAUGAAGAGCGAAAAGAAGAGAUUAGAGUGGAUGAUCAUAUCAUCAGGACAGAGCAAGGUCUUCUCCUGCGCAGUCUACAGCGGAAGGAUUCAGGCAAUUACCUGUGUCACGCCGUGGAACACGGGUUCAUGCAGACUCUUCUUAAAGUGACCCUGGAAGUCAUUGACACAGAGCAUUUGGAAGAACUUCUUCAUAAAGAUGAUGAUAUAGAUGGCUCCAAGACCAAAGAAAUGUCCAAUAGCAUGACACCGAGCCAGAAGGUCUGGUACAGAGACUUUAUGCAGCUCAUCAACCACCCUAACCUGAACACCAUGGAUGACUUCUGUGAACAAGUUUGGAAAAGGGACCGAAAACAACGUCGGCAAAGGCCAGGACAUAGUCAAGGGAACAGUAACAAAUGGAAGCACUUACAGGAAAAUAAGAAAGGUAGAAAUCGGAGGACCCACGAAUUUGAGAGGGCACCCAGGAGUGUCUGAGCUGCAUUACCUCUAGAAACCUCAAACAAGUAGAAACUUGCCUAAGACAAUAACUGGAAAAAAUGCAAUAUACAUGAACUUUUUUCAUGGCAUUAUGUGGAUGUUUACAAUGGUGGGAAAUGCAACUGAGUCCCACCGAUUAUAAAUUAAGUCCAUGAGUAACUUUCCUAACAGGCUUUCUUCCUAAUACCAACAUGUAAUUGAGGUCAGGGGAAUGCAGAUGUUCACUUUAGCAGACUUAAUGUUUCCUAUGGGAUUUCGUUGUACAGGUUUCGCUUUCUUCUUUGCCUGAGAAAUUAAAACGUCAUUUGCCAUAUUGCCAUCUAAAGAAGUAAAAUUGCAUCAGCAAAGCCAUUUUAUUGAACUAAAACUUUAAAAUAAACUGCAUGGAUUUAGUAAGCUGAUGAAUAUUCCAAAACGUAGUUGGAUUCAAGGAUAUUUUUUGUCUACCAGCACUUGUGUUUAUAUGUACUGGAGGAGUAAAAUGAUACUGAAUGAAAUGGUCUGUGGAAAUAUAAAAAAACAUAAACCAUCCAUCAUCCAGAAGAAAAAUGGAAUACACUGAUCUACUACUGAUGUCUUCUUUCAGCUUUGAUCUAAAGAUGUAUUUUAUUAAAACUAUAAUUUAAAUGUACCAUGACAAAUAUGCAGUAAAAUUUAGCUCUUUUCUAAGCUAGAGUAGGUUUUUUUCUUACAAUAAUUGUGCUAUAUAGUUUUGGUUUUAAAAAUUCCAAUUGUGUGCUGCUUUUUUUCAACAUUUUGUUUUCAGUUCUGCAAGAGGGAUAGCUGAUACUGUUUUAGAAACAUAUGUACAUCAAUAACAGUUAAUUCUUAAAACCCAGAUGUAAAUUAUGCUUCAUGUCUCUGAGGAUUUCAAGCAAAUAACACCUCCUCUCCUUUAAGUAUUAUCUAAAAUAAUUUUAACCUGAAUAAUGGUCUUAGAAAAACAAAGCAUUUAACCAGCAAAAUAAGUAAGAAACAAAUUGAUUUAUUAAAUGCAUUUUGUUGUACCUACUGUAUCAAUGAGAAAAAGAACUGCAUUUUUCAUGAAAUUAAUAAGCAUUAUCUUAAUAUAAUAUUAAUAGAGAAUGUCUCUUAAAUCUGUCCUUGAAUCCCUACAUGAUAUUUGAAAACUGUCUCAUGCCAUUCCAUUAGGAAUUACAUCUGUGUCACCUAAUUUUUUUAGAAGAGAGAGAUCAGUAAUAUUCAGAACAAUAUCUUAAAAGCAAAUUUCUCAACUCUGUUUACAUUUGUAUCAGCUGCCUCUUAUCUUGCAUUGUUUUAAGACAAUUAUUUGUCUAAAGAACACUAAUUCUUUUCAUAUCAAUGGGAGUGAUUUUUAUACAAACUAUUUUCCAGGACACAACCCAUACUUAAAACAUGUAAAACUCUUUGUCUCCUACAACAAUUUAUAUAAUAAUGUAAAAGAUUAUUAAUCAAGGGCUUGCCUGCUUCAUUGUUCUAAGAUGAUUUCUUGAGAGUCAUUGAUAUCAAGAUGUAAAAACCAUCAGCAUUUCAAUAGUUUCUUUUGCACUAUACUCACCUUACCAGGAAUCCCACCCUAGGUUCUUCAUCAUGCACAAAAAUGGAAAAAAAAAAAAAUCCUAUUGCUAAUGAAAACAGCAUUGAAAUUCUAACUCUGCCUUGGGAUUCUAAUUAACUCAGCAUUAAUUUCUCACCUCAGACUGCAGUGGGUUUUCUAAAAAUUCUGUAUCAGCUGAAAUAUUUCACAGAUGGAAGAUCAUGUUACAGUUUUAAUGAUUACUUUGAAUAAACCAUUUGUUGACACUUGCUUCAAAUGAAAGCCUAAAAACUUUAUAUAUUUAAGAAAGUAUUACUUUUAGAAGUACAUCCCCAAAUGGUUGCUGAAUUUUAAGUUAUUUGAAGGACACACUCAUGUAAAGGAAUAAAAGUUUGAAAUAUUAAUCGAAAAACAAAGAGUGCUCCCAAAAUAGGCCAUUCUUUUAUUUUUAUAGACUAUCUUAACAACACUAAAAUUCGGUGUUGCAUUGUAUUUUAAAUUUGCAACUGUAACAAAUUUAUUUGCAGUAACAGAAGUAUCUUAUUUCUUAUUAGUCUUCAAAAAUAAGGAAUUUGAAGGGAUAAAGAUCGUAUACGACAGGGAUAACCCCCAAUAUCCGAAUGCAUUCUGUUUAGCGUUAUGAAAAACUAUAGAAAGUCUAGAUUUCAAUGAAACGAAACAAAAACUAACAAAUCUACUGGCAUGUCUUUAUAAACCAUCAGGUCUAAGUUUUCAAAGAGAAUUAUAGCUAUAACUUGCAGGUAAAUAACUCUUAUUACAGUCAUAAUCCUCUGCCAAUGUGUAUUGAGAGGGGACAGGUUGCACGAAAAAUAAUUAAUGUCCCACUUAGUUUUAAUAGACUUUGGCAUAUGCAUGUAUCAUCAGAGUUGAAACUAUGUUGAGAGACUCAUGUGAGAUUAAGCAAAUCAGGACAGCAAUCUUAAAGUAGGAAAAGGUACAUCUCAGCAGAGAAAUUACGUCCCAGUUAAAAUCAAAUGUAAAAUGUAAAUGCAUGUAAAUGCACACUUAAUGCUACUUUUUAUGUAUUAUUUAGUGAUUUUCGAUGGUAUGUGUUUAAUAUUUUUGCUACCUACACAUUAGGCAAAAGAGAUGUAAAUAAUUUUGAAAAGAAGAAAACAGUGUAAAAUGCAACUUUUUAUAGGUACUCUAUUUCAGUGUGUUCAACAUCAUCAUAAAAUGCCAGAUUUUCCCACACAGGUAACAAGGUGGUUUAUGUGCUAUUUAAGGACAGAAGGUGUGUGCCCAUUCAAUAAGCAUGUUUUUGCCAGGUAGUAAAUAUGUUCCAUAUCUGUAUUUAUCAUUGCAUUUCAGAUAGGAACUAGAAAACUGGAGAGAAAAUGUAAUGAAAGUGCUGCUGUAAAUUAUUCCUUUUAGCAUGUACUCAGUUGCUAAAUACACAUUUCUUCAAAAUAUUUGAA